ACUACCAGCCGCCCUCCUUCCUUUUCCUCCACCUUGGCCUCUCUUCCAGAAAAUAUCGGAUCCGAAUCAUGACCUAGGUUUAGCUGCUUCUUCUGAUAUACGUACUACUAUGUAAAAAAAAAUAAAAAAAUGAGGCUCUCUCGCGCCGCUCCCGCCGCGGCUCGGGAGAGCAAAAUCCAGCCCGCCGUCGGGAGGCCACCCACCGCGGCUGCUCCCCUCGCCGCCGUCAGUGUACGCAGCAGGGCAAAGCUCGUGCAGUAUAGGCAGCGGCGGGGCCGUCGGUCACUUACGAACAGGCUCGAGUGCCGCGCGGGCGUCCCGAUCUGGCGGGGACUGGAGCUCAGCGAGGCGAGGUGCGCGGAGGAGCGCGAGUGGGGCGCGCUCGCGAGGUGCUUGCGCCAUGACGCGCUACAGGUGCGGGGCUGCGCGCUCGCGAGGUGCUUGCGCCAUGACGCUCUACAGGUGCGAGGUGCUUGCGCCAUGACGCGCUACAGGUGCGAGGUGCUUGCGCCAUGAUGCGCUA